AUGUCCAGACCUGUGAGGACCGGGCUCGAAGUUGAGCAGCCAUUUGUUGUGACAGCAGUUCUCUGGUCUGAGAACCUUCAAGCCAUGACGCCUCCAACUCGCUCGGCUUACCCUCCGUCGUUGGCUGACUGGGAAGAGCACAAGUCCAUCAUUCAACAGCUGUACGUCCGAGAGGGGCGAAAUCUCUGUGACGUCCAGAGGACUCUAUGUCAGAAAUACCAUUUCAAGGCUUCGUGCCGCUCGUACAAGAACAAACUCAGAUCUUGGGGGAUACGCAAAUACCAUCGAGGGGGAACUCCCCAGUCGAAUCCGCCGGGCAUCCUGUUUGAUCCCGACACAGCGUUGGUGACUAGCUUCAACACCGAUUUUUCCACAGGCCAGACCCAGACCGAGGAUGAUGGUCGUGUCACCACAACGACAGCCUGUUUAUUGCAGGAUGGCUUUCUAAAGCUAGUUGGAUUUGAUCACGAGAGCCUAGAGCCCGGACAAGGCAGACAGCAAGAACUGGCCAAACGACUCCGCAGUGUCCCAACCCCAGUACCCAGUCUCUUCAUCGAGGACGAGAUCAGCGACACGGCCGAAUCGAUCGUCCUGGCUACGGAGGCCUUUCUAACCUCCUUCUCGGACGUCAUGACUCCUCCACUUGACCCUUCCGACACGUCGAUCAAGCAAAUCAAACCCUUUCGACGACGGAAAGACUACAUCUGGACCCAGUUUCAGCACGGUCUGAACCUCCUGGAGCAAGGCGAGGUCCAGAAUGCCUUCGCCGGCUUCCAAAGGGGCUGUGCCAUGGCCGAGGAGUAUCUGAUCCGCCCCUCAAAAUACGCUCUCGUCAGUCUGUUGCUUGUUAUGGGAAACCGCCGCUGGACCCGCCACCGGCAGGUAUGGGAGUCGGUCCUACGGUUCAUGUCGUCCAUGUUCGCAAAAGUUCUGGGGAGUCAGCACCCCUUGACACACGUCAUGAGCAGAAUCGUGGAUUGGAACACGAUGCGCCGCGUUGCGCAACCUUGCCUGAACGUCAUGUUGGACCUCUAUCGACGGACAUGGCUUGUGGGACCGGCACAUCCAGACGUACUGCUCCUGCAACAGACGCGCUCCGUCGAGCUGAUGCGCGCAGGCGACUUCGCAUGCAGCGAAUCGCUGAUCCACGAAUGUUGCCGCGUGAGCCGCCAAGUCUACGGCGCCUCCAGCCUCGCGACGCGCAACUGUCUGCGCCGGCUGGGCAAUUUGUACCUCGAGCAAGGGCGCUGGGACGACGCAGAGAGCGCCUUCGAGACGAUACUCGCACUAGAUUCUCAGGAAAAUUCCUACCGAGGCCCCGUGCACGAGAGCAGCGUCUUCACGUGCCAGAACCUGUCGCUCGUCAACUGUCGCCGGGGCGAUCUGGAAAAGAGCGACUACUGGGCCAGCCAGGAGCUGGAUCUCGCACUCAAGAUCUACGGUCCCGACGACGAGUACUAUGCCGACUGUGUGAGAAGACGGGAGGCAAGGCUCAAUGGGGAACCACAGCAGAAGUGGUUCUCAUGGCUCGAGGUCAGUUGA